AUGAAGGAUUCGAACAAAAGCGAAGAAAUCGAAAAAGCUAAGAUUGGGCACCGUCUCGCUUCGCAAAAGGCACCUGAGGCAGGGAUGUCGGCAUCGUUCGACCCAUAUGACUGGGCAUCAUUCUAUUUUGGGAAGAUGGGACGUGAUGAAGCAGCUCGUCUGUUGUCAGAGGCUGGCGUUGCUAUCGGUACAUUUCUUCUGCGUGACAGUUCAAGACCAGGCGAUUAUUCGUUGAGCGUGAGAGAAUCGGAUGACGAUAAUAAAGUGCGCCACUACCUAAUUGAAGAGAAAUUUGGUGAGAAUGGAGUGAAACAGGUCAAGAUUGCUGACCACGACUUCAUGGAUAUACCGACGUUGUUAAAUCAUUUCAAAAUUCAUAUUCUCGAUAAGACUUCCCUCACUAUUCCAUAUCGCAAAGGGCAAAUUGAGCAGGUGGUCGGUUUGUACCGUUUCGAAGGGGAACGUGACACAGACCUGCCAUUCGAAGCUGGUGAAACCUUGGAAAUCAUCGGAAAACCCGAGGAAGGUUGGUGGCAAGCCAGGAACGCUCUGAAUGCUACAGGACUUGUUCCAGCUCUUCUAUGUAGACCCGUUCCGUUGGUGACGAGCGAUUCAGCGGUGUUUCCACAAACAGCGACCCCAUUGAAGACCGAUACGAGCACCCGUACGCCGAAAAACAUCAACAGCCCAAACGCGUACGAUCGAACACAGCUGAAGUUGAAGAAAGGACAAUUAGUCCGAAUUACAAAGAAGCUCACGAAUGGAAUGUAUGAGGGCGAAUCGGACGGACGUGUUGGCAUAGUGCCAUUCACAUAUGUACGCUUUGCUAAAGCAGAAGCUGUAUGA